UUGCAGUAAACUAACUCAAGAAUAUACAAGUAGGGCAGCUGAUCCAAUGUGAUUCAUUUCAGUAUCACUCUUUGGUUUACUGGUGACCACACUGCUGUAUUAGACUACCGCUCACCCUUACUAGUUUCCACAGCAUCAAACAUUCAGCACGAGUGCAGCUUUGCACAUGCAGUGUUCCCUUGCGCCGUCCCGCAGCUCUGCUCUCUUCAGUACCGGAGACUGUGAAUGACAGACUAUACUACCAUGUCGACCCUCAGAAGCCCUGACGGUUCUGGGGCUGCCUCUCCGUGCCUUCCCCCCUCCUCAGUUAAGAGCAGCGGCGACACGGAGCCCGAUUCCGACUCUGGCCUCAUCUACGCGCCAACUCGAUCCUCCCUGACCCGACGUCUCCUGCGCUUACGGGCCUGCAGCAGCCCCGUUAAGCGCCGCAAGAGAGAGAUGAUCCCGACGUACAAGAAGGACGCCACGUACUGGGACAAACGCCAAAGGAAUAACGAGGCCGCCAAGCGUUCCAGGGAGAAGAAGAGGCUGCAGGACCUGAUGCUGGAGGGUCAGGUGCUCGCUCUGAGCGACGAGAACGCACAGCUGCGCGCUCAGGUGCACAGCCUGCAGUAUCACAGCAGCCUGAACGCGGAGAAAAGUAACCCCCGUGCUGCUAGUGCAACAUCAGACAGUGCGCUGCCUUUUCCUCUCAGACCUCCUUACCCCCAUGGCCUCUUCCAGGCAGGACUCUGGAGCAACAGCCGCAGCAACCACGUCUCUGCGCUGGGUGUGAGGCAAGAAGAAGCAGUGAUGCAGCCGUUUGAGGCAAAGAUACCCUGUUUUAGCGCCAGUUUGGAAACGUAUCCCACUUAUGGCGCACAGCAAGAAAUCCCUUCCCUCUCCAGGCCGUGUUUCUUUUCUCCCAGAGCAUUGCCUGGGGUCGGUAGGUCAGCGGAAGCCGAGAUGGAUCCUCAGCGUCAGGUCUCCACCAGCGAUGACAUCCCUGGCUCCAUCCGUGCAUUUCCAGACACAUUAUCCCGACCCUCCAUCCUGUCUUACCCGCCUAAAACAUGGCUUGUGCCCGGUGUCAAUCACUCUGCAGUGCGUAAUAGUUUGCUGCUGCCUUGGCGGUCCACCUACCUGUCCCCAUCGGCUGUCUAUCCCGGCUUCUACUUACAGGAGAGAGCAGGACAGGGGCUCAGUGUACAGGAAGAACUUCAGAGGGGGUUCCAGAGCCGGUUCAGUAGUGUACCAGCAGGACUGAACCAGCCCGGGAUGCACCUCAGCCCUUAUGGACGCUAAAAGUCAAACUGUCUCGUAGUGUUCGUUUCAGGCAAAUGUUUUUGUGGUCAAAAUAACAGAAGUGGAUUUUUUUCCUAAGCCAAUUAAAAGCCAUUGAAAGAA